GAGCAGAAAAAAGAUUUGAUCAUGGAAUGGCUUUAGAGUAAAAUACUAAAAUAGAUGGAAUCGAAGGCUUAUGAAUCUGACGUGGAACAAGAAGAAAGCGUAUCUGCCACGUGGCACAAUACAACACCUCAACAGCCUUAUCUGGACAUCAACAGAGAGAUCCUCCAAUAUCCGAAACCAACCAAUCAGCUUCACUCUUGGUUUCACCUCCAUACAUUAACACACCAACAAUCCUCAAAAAACACUUUCAUAACUUAAUCACACACAAGGAGAGAAGAGAGAAAGAGAGAAAGAGAGACAGAGAUAAUGGCGUACAGUGCGUGUUUCCUACACCAGAGCGCAUUGGCUUCAUCAGCCGCACGAUCAUCAUCUUCCUCCUCAUCCCAGCGUCACGUGUCGCUCUCCAAACCUGUUCAGAUCAUCUGUAAAGCUCAACAGUCUCAUGAAGACGAUAACUCCGCCGUCUCCCGCCGUCUUGCUCUCACUCUCCUCGUCGGCGCCGCUGCUGUUGGUUCCAAAGUAUCUCCUGCUGAUGCCGCCUACGGUGAAGCUGCAAACGUGUUUGGGAAGCCAAAGACGAACACAGACUUCUUGCCAUACAAUGGAGAUGGGUUCAAAGUGCAGGUUCCAGCAAAAUGGAACCCAAGCAAAGAGAUUGAGUAUCCAGGACAAGUCCUUAGGUUCGAAGACAACUUCGAUGCUACUAGCAAUCUCAAUGUCAUGGUCACUCCUACCGACAAGAAGUCCAUCACUGAUUACGGUUCUCCCGAAGAGUUCCUCUCUCAGGUUAAUUACCUCCUAGGGAAACAAGCUUACUUCGGUGAGACUGCCUCUGAGGGAGGCUUUGACAACAAUGCAGUGGCAACAGCAAACAUUCUGGAGUCAUCAUCUCAGGAAGUUGGUGGGAAACCCUACUAUUACUUGUCUGUGUUGACAAGAACGGCUGAUGGAGACGAAGGUGGGAAGCAUCAGCUGAUCACAGCAACCGUGAAUGGAGGGAAGCUUUACAUCUGCAAAGCACAAGCUGGAGACAAGAGGUGGUUCAAGGGAGCCAGGAAAUUUGUCGAGAGCGCAGCCACUUCUUUCAGUGUUGCUUGAGUGAAAGCAACACAACGUAACAAUGCUCUGCUUGCUUUCUUCAUUUGUCUCUUGUAAAAAAUGGAAAAUGAAACUGAGCUUUUGAGAACUAUCAAGAUGAUGUUACCUUUUCGGCAUCACUUGUGUACCUAUGAUAACAGACUCGUUUUCCAAGUUUUCUUAAAAAACAACUAUAUUCAAUAGAUAUUUUCUCAAAUUAAUAAGAUAUUGACUCAGAAAGAAGCUAUAGACUAAAUCUAAAUCCUUGAAAGCA